CAGGAUUUAAAAGGACAUAAAAAAUGAUGUUACACAGUAAAAAUUAUCAUCAAGGAGAAAGUAUAUGCACAGUUCCUAACAUUUUGUUUUAGGUCCAAAGGAUUGUUACGAAUUGUACACAUUUGGAAACACAAGAUCCGGAGUCUACACAAUAUACCCCUGGGAUGAUAUUAAACGAUCCAUAUCGGUUUACUGUGAGAUGGGCGUGAGUCCCGGUGGCAUGUCAGUUUUUCAAAGGCGAGGAAUCGACAAGUCGGUACUAUUCAAUAGAACGUGGCAUGAAUACAAAUAUGGAUUCGGGAACCUAUCUACUGAUUUUUGGUUAGGAAAUGAGGUCAUUCAUCAGCUGACAGCGAUUGAUUCCAACAAACUAUACAUCGAAUUAAAAGAUACCUCACUGAGAUCAUUUCAUGCUCGGUAUGAAUCGUUUUCAAUAGGACCAGAAACCGACGAAUAUCGUUUGCAUGUAGCUGGCAAUUUUUCUGGCAAUGUUACACAUGACUAUGUCACUCGUGGUAGUUAUAUUCUCAAUGGCCAACCUUUUGUCACUCCGGACAGACCUGACCAAGCUCAGUGUGCCUCACGUUUGGACGGAGGAUGGUGGUUCAAUGCUUGUGAAAAUGUUUACUUAAACGGUCCGUUUAACACCGAUUAUUGGGUGUGGAAGGGGAGUGUUGAUGAAUACCACUAUCUGGAGUAUACGGCUAUGAUAAUAACAAGAGGAUAAUUUUUAUUUUUCAAACAGAAGUUCUACACUUCCCUGAUUUUGAUUUGAUUACGUCAUCAACACCGUUGUCUAUAUCAGUGAACAAUAAUAUAAAUGAAUAUUUUACACUUACAAAUAGCAAUAAAAUAUUUUUUUUCUACAACAGUUUCUUGCAAUUUGUCCCCUAAAAUUCUCUAAAACUAUCAGUUUAUCAAACUGAAUGCAUGGAACAUUCUA